AUGCCGGCUUUGCCCGCGCUGCUGCUGUUGCUGAUUCUCGGCUACGCCCACGAGAGCUUAGAGGUGCUGUCUUCUCUGCGCAUGGCCGCAAUCUUGGACGACCAGACAGUGUGCGGCCGGGGGGAGCGACUGGCGUUAGCCUUGGCACGCGAACACAUCAACAGCAUCAUUGAGGUGCCCGCCAAAGCCCGUGUGGAGGUAGAGAUCUUCGAACUGCAGCGGGACAGCCAGUACGAGACCACCGACACCAUGUGUCAGAUCUUACCCAAGGGCGUGGUUUCGGUUCUGGGCCCAGCUUCCAGCCCAGCCUCUGCUUCUAUCGUCAGCCACAUCUGCGGGGAGAAAGAGAUCCCCCAUAUUAAGGUGGGUCCCGAGGAGACCCCUAAGCUGCAGUAUCUUCGUUUUGCCUCCGUCAGCCUUUACCCCAGUAAUGAGGAUGUCAGCCUCGCCGUGUCCCGCAUUCUCAAGUCAUUCAACUAUCCCUCCGCUAGUCUCAUCUGCGCCAAAGCUGAGUGCCUGCUGCGAUUGGAGGAGUUGGUGCGUCAGUUUCUCAUCUCCAAGGAGACACUCUCAAUCCGGAUGCUGGACGACACCAACGAUCCCACGCCUUUGCUCAAGGAGAUCCGAGACGACAAAAUCUCCACCAUCAUCAUCGAUGCCAAUGCUUCCAUCUCCUAUCUCAUCCUCAAGAAGGCCUCAGAGCUGGGGAUGACAUCUGCCUUCUACAAGUACAUCCUGACCACAAUGGAUUUCCCAAUCCUGCACCUGGAAGGGAUUGUAGAUGAACACUCCAACGUCUUGGGCUUCUCUAUGUUUAACACCAGCCACCCAUUCUACCUGGAGUUUGUCCGUAGCCUCAACAUGUCAUGGCGGGAAAACUGUGAAGUCAGCCCCUAUCCCGGGCCUGCGCUGUCAGCAGCAUUGAUGUUCGAUGCGGUGCAUGUCGUGGUGAGCGCCGUGCGGGAGCUGAACCGCAGCCAAGAGAUCGGGGUCAAACCCCUGGCCUGUACUUCGGCUAACAUCUGGCAACAUGGCACCAGUCUCAUGAACUACUUGCGCAUGGUAGAGUAUGACGGGCUGACGGGGCGUGUCGAGUUCAACAGCAAGGGUCAGAGGACUAAUUAUACCUUGCGAAUCCUGGAAAAAUCCCGUCGUGGUCACCGGGAGAUUGGGGUAUGGUACUCCAACAGGACUCUUGCGAUGAAUGCCACAACGCUGGACAUCAACAUCUCAGAGAGCCUUGUCAACAAGACCCUGAUUGUCACCACCAUCUUGGAGAACCCCUAUGUGAUGCGCCGUGCAAACUUCCAAGAGCUCUCUGGCACAGAACAAUACGAAGGCUUCUGUGUGGACAUGCUUCAUGAACUUGCCGACAUCCUUAAAUUCCGCUUCCAGAUUAAACUGGUGGACGACGGGCUCUAUGGGGCGCCGGAGCCUAAUGGAUCUUGGACUGGCAUGGUGGGAGAGCUUAUCAAUAGGAAAGCCGAUCUUGCAGUGGCUGCUUUCACCAUCACAGCCGAGCGGGAGAAGGUCAUCGACUUCUCCAAGCCCUUCAUGACCCUGGGAAUCAGCAUCCUGUACCGUGUACACAUGGGACGCAAACCGGGGUAUUUCUCCUUUUUGGAUCCCUUCUCCCCAGCAGUUUGGCUUUUCAUGCUCUUAGCAUAUCUUGCUGUCAGCUGCGUCCUCUUCCUAGCUGCUCGCCUGAGCCCCUAUGAAUGGUACAACCCUCACCCCUGCCUCCGGGAACGUCACAACAUCCUAGAAAACCAGUACACACUUGGAAACAGCCUCUGGUUCCCCGUCGGGGGCUUCAUGCAGCAGGGGUCUGAGAUCAUGCCCCGGGCCCUCUCUACCCGCUGUGUCAGCGGGGUCUGGUGGGCGUUCACCCUGAUCAUUAUUUCCUCCUACACGGCCAACCUGGCUGCCUUCCUCACAGUGCAGCGGAUGGAGGUGCCCAUCGAAUCGGCCGACGACUUGGCUGACCAAACCAAUAUUGAAUACGGCACUAUCCACGCCGGCUCCACGAUGACCUUCUUCCAAAAUUCCCGGUACCAGACGUACCAGCGGAUGUGGAACUACAUGCAUUCGAAGCAACCUAGUGUCUUUGUAAAGAGCACAGAAGAGGGAAUUGCACGGGUGCUGAAUUCAAAAUAUGCCUUCCUGCUUGAGAGCACCAUGAAUGAAUAUCACCGGAGGCUCAACUGCAACCUCACGCAGAUCGGGGGGCUACUGGACACCAAGGGCUAUGGCAUUGGGAUGCCGUUGGGUUCUCCGUUCCGGGACGAGAUCACUCUCGCCAUCCUACAGCUUCAAGAGAACAACCGCUUGGAGAUCUUGAAACGCAAAUGGUGGGAAGGAAGCAAAUGCCCGAAAGAAGAGGACCACCGGGCCAAAGGGCUGGGCAUGGAGAACAUCGGCGGCAUCUUUGUGGUGUUGAUCUGUGGGCUCAUCAUUGCGGUCUUCGUUGCCGUCAUGGAGUUCGUGUGGGCCACACGCCGCUCAGCAGAACAUGAGGAGAUCUCGGUGUGCCAGGAGAUGCUGAGAGAGCUGCGCCACGCCGUCUCUUGCCGCAAACCAACCCGCUCACGCCGCCGCCGCCGCCACUAUACGACCCGAGGGGCCCUGUCGCUGCGCUCCGUCCGUGAGAUGCGCCUCAGUAACGGCAAGCUGUACUCGGGGACUUUAGUAUCGGAGCCUGGCCCGCAGCGCCUCCUGGAGGAUCCCCCCCGGCCUUGCACCCACGUCCGCAUCUGCCACGAGUGCCGGCGUAUCCAGACUCUUCGGGGAGCACCCCCGCCGCCACGGGGGCCCCCGCCCCCCGAGGAGGGCACUCCGCGACGGGGAGUCCCCCGUGAACUCAGCGAGCAGGAGUGA